GUCUUAGUAGUAAAUACGUUUCUUUCCAUUACUGCAUUCCUGGGCAACACUUUGAUUUUAGUUGCUCUACGCAAGGAAACUUCACUUCAUCCGCCGUCCAAACUCUUGUAUCGUAACUUAGCGAUAACCGAUCUCUGUGUUGGUAUUUUUGUGGAGCCUUUGGUUGUAUUUUAUUGGACGUCCGUGGUGAACGAAAGAUGGGAUAUUUGCUAUUACACAGAUUAUGCAGACAGUUUGGCAGGUUAUACUUUGUGUACCGUCUCUUUAUUAACAUCGACUGCAAUAAGCGUGGACAGACUUCUCGCCUUGUUGCUGGGGCUCAGAUACAGACAAGUUGUAACUUUGAAACGGACACAUAUUACUGUCAUUGGUUUUUGGGUUUUGUCUAUUGUUGGUGCGUCUAGUUUCUUUUGGAAUCCUAUUAUAACUUCAUCUUCUCAGUACAUAGGUAUAGCUCUAUGCCUAUUCAUCACAAUCUUUUCUUACACAAAAAUUUUCUUCACUCUGCGUCACAAUCAAAUUCAUGUUGACCAUGUUCAGAGCCAUGCUUUUAGAAGACGACCAAGCCAAGCAAUUCUACUGAACAUAGCUCGAUACAGAAAGGCAGUGUACAGUGCAAUGUGGGUGCAGGGAACAUUGGUUGUUUGUUAUCUGCCGUAUGCUGUAGUGAUAGCGUU